CGUUUCCGUUAACUCCUCCUUUAAUGCCCAGUCUGAGCGAUGGAGUCGGUAUCAGGCAUCUCGAAGUGAUCUCAAACUUCACUCCGACUUCAACAGAAUUUAGGAAUAUUUAUAUAUAUACACAUAUUUAUAUUCUUAACAUUAAGAACAAUUUGAAUCAACGGCAGCUAGCUAGCAAACCGGAAAUCAAACGAGGAUUAAAAACUAGCACCCUUAUCGCAGUGUGUAAUAUCUUCCACCGAGCCGUCAUGUCUACUGCAGGAGACUUUGGGAACCCGUUAAGAAAAUUCAAACUGGUGUUUCUUGGGGAGCAAAGUGUCGGGAAGACUUCACUCAUCACCAGAUUCAUGUACGACAGCUUCGAUAACACCUACCAGGCCACGAUAGGAAUCGAUUUCCUGUCAAAAACGAUGUACCUCGAGGACCGAACAGUGCGCCUGCAGCUUUGGGACACGGCCGGGCAGGAGCGUUUCCGGAGUCUCAUCCCCAGCUACAUCCGCGACUCCACUGUCGCCGUGGUAGUCUAUGACAUCACAAACGUCAACUCCUUCCAGCAGACCACCAAAUGGAUCGACGAUGUCAGGACAGAGAGAGGAAGCGACGUCAUUAUCAUGCUGGUCGGGAACAAGACCGAUCUCGCAGACAAAAGGCAAGUAUCUAUCGAAGAGGGUGAGAGGAAAGCCAAAGAGCUGAACGUGAUGUUUAUUGAGACCAGCGCCAAAGCCGGCUACAACGUGAAGCAGCUUUUCCGGCGUGUGGCUGCCGCCCUGCCUGGCAUGGAGAGCACACAGGACAAGAGCAGAGAAGACAUGAUCGACGUGACGCUGCAGAAUCCUCCGGAACAGCCUGUGAGCGAAAGCGGAUGCUCCUGCUAAGACUUGUUCUCCAUCAUCGCGCCCCUCACUCUCACACACACUUAUACCCGUUAUCUCUCUUCACCCCCUGCCUCUAUCGUGUGGUGUCGCCUGCCUCCAUCCUGGAACCUGAAGAACACUACUCCGUCCGUCCGUCCGUCGUUCCCGGCGCUCUGCUUUCCCCAGACUCGGUCAUGACCUUAAGCUUCCCAACCACAACGUGGACGUGAAACGCAUCCCAUGUUAUCACUUUUCCGUUAAAUGCUUCCACCCUUUUUUUUUUCUUUUUCUUUUUUCUUUUUAUUAAUUAUUAUAUUUAUAUAAUAUUGCUUCUGAUGCUCUAUGGAGGCUCGCAUCUCGAGCGCAUUUAAACAGUCUAGGUAACGUGUCGAACGUGUGAGCACUGAACAACCGCGUUUCCUUCGAAACGAUUCCGAUAAAGUACGUAGAUGAAAACUUCCCCGCCGUUAUCGUCUGAGGUCAAUCGAAGGGCUGUGUUCAGUCUGCAGGCUAGCACCAGUGCUCAGUCUACUAUAAUCUACACCACGAGCCCUUGCGAUGAAGCACAGCGCAGAUAAAAAACGUUUACGAAUUGUCGGCAGUUACCCAAGUGUAUAUACUGAAAGUAGAUCGACGUGUGUACGGAUCGUGAGCAAAGUCUACAGAUUACAGAAGCUCUUGAAAACCUAGAACAGUUCUCAGCUUCUACGUCAAACCGUAACUGUUGUUUGUUUGUUUGUUUUUUGUAACCUUGGCUGACAUUUUUAUCUUUGUUUUUUUUUUCUCUUCUCCCCCCCGACUUGAAUUCGGUAGCACAGUAGAGAUAUCAGUACAGUAGCUACGAAUUUUUUUUUAUUUUUAUUUUUUUUGUAUAUUAAGGAAAGUAUCAUAGAGGAUAUCGGAUAUAUGAAUAUGCAGGCAUGCCUUUAAAGAGUGUAUUUUAUAGUGCUUCCACUGGCUUUUCGUUAGUAGUGUUGUUGUUGUCAUUUUUUUGUUUGCUUGAUUUAUUGUAAUAAUGACACUUUUAGGUUUUUCCCCCGUUUUUUUAUUUAUUUCUACUCAUCAUUUUUGCUGUUUAAUUUUUGGUAUGAUAAAGCACACGCCCCUCUCGUGGACGGCUGAUUUUAAGCAGCUCAUGAUACAGUGCAAUUUGUUUGAGGUUUUCUCUCUUAUUAUAAUUUUUUUUUUUUUUCCUUGUUGGAAAAUUCACAUUUGUCUAUUUUUCUUUCUUUAACGGUUUUAACUGUCUCCGCUGUGUGUGCUGCUGUGUACAAAAGCUCGUAAUUUGCACUGCUAAACUACAUGAGUCUCUUAUUGACGUCCCUAAUAAAGACCUUUAUUUAGUAA